AUGUUCUCCAAGAUGCUGGUGGCCGGGGCACGCACGGCCAUCGUUUUGAACUCCAUCCUCCACCACCGCGAGGGCCAGCUUCACGCCGGCACGGCCGUCAGCCACCUGGAAGGGGAGGAGGACGAGGAGGAGCCCAGCAGCAAUCGGAGGAUGGCCGGAGCCAAGGGCCGUGUGGACCAACAUCAUCUCAGAGGGCCGCCGGCCUUGCUGCUGAACCUCUUCAUCGGUUUUAUCACGCUCUUCUGCUUCUUAGUGCUCAUGAGGCUCUGGUCCGGCCCAGAUAGAUCCCGAGCGGAGCGGACGUCCGGGGGGAAGAAGUUUUGA